CCGAGCCUGGAGUCCUGACCACGAAGAACUUGAAUUGAGCGCGCCAGCUGUGCCUCGUCGUACCCUGACAAAGUCUCAAAAUCAGACCUGGAAAGGAUAGGCGCUACCUGUGUGCAAGGCUUCGAGCGCACAGACCCAAACCAACAAACACUAGAUGCCUACUUUGUGCUCCGUGCUGGGGUGCAGAAUUUUAUAAACUCAGACCAAGAAACGAUGGGGAUAUGGGUGUCAACGGUGUGCUUGGCUGGAACACAGUGCCCUCAUACCGGAACCUAUAAACCCUGGGCACCAACUGAUUGUCUCGUGCUCCGCAGGUUCCUAACGUGGAGGUGGGCCUCAGGGAACUGUGGGUUUUGGAGACAACAACACGGAAGGCCUCCAUAUGCACUCCUGGACAUGGGUGGGUGGGAAGGAGCCUAAGUGGCAUCAGGGCCGUGAUGCAGGGUAGAUCCAGGGGGGUACAGACUGGAGAAUGUUCUUGGAGGGGAGUGGUAAGAUCAGUGUACAUAUAAUUAGAGUGCAGACUGAAAGUCGGCCGGACUCGUCGGCCGGACUAGUGGGCUCUCCGAAGCCCCUAAGGCGAUUUGAUCCGCCCUUCACUUCUUGGAAGAUCAGAGUUUCUCACCAUAAAAUGGAGGUAACCCUCCCUGCAUCUGGAGAGUUUCCAUUUCAGGAAUGCUCACUGAACCAGACACAGCUCCUGCCCCACAGUCGGGGGGCUUGGGAGAGCUAUCUAAAAAUUACAGAACAAGCAAAUAUUGAAACUCUAUAAUUACAGAAAAGGAAUGGACAAUCAGACUGUCCUGGCAGUCCAGUCAUUGUUGGAUGGCCAAGGCGCAGUCCCUGAUCCAACAGGCCAGAGUGUUAAUGCACCUCCUACAAUCCAGUCACUGGAUGAUGAAGAUGUCUUUCUCUGCGGGAAGUGUAAGAAGCAGUUCAACUCGCUGCCAGCAUUUAUGACCCACAAGCGGGAACAGUGCCAGGGGAAUGCCCCGCCCCUGGCCACCGUCUCACUGGCCACCAACAGCAUCUACACGCCUUCAGCAGCACCUGCAGCAGUCCAGCAGGCCCCGCCUCCUGCCAAUCGCCAGAUCUCCACGUACAUUACAGUGCCCCCGUCCCCGCUGAUUCAGACCCUGGUGCAAGGGAACAUAUUGGUGAGCGACGAUGUGCUCAUGUCUGCCAUGUCAGCCUUCACGUCUCUGGACCAGCCCAUGCCCCAGGGUCCCCCACCCGUGCAGAGCAGCCUGAACAUGCAUUCUGCACCUAGCUACCUCACCCAGCCUCCGCCGCCUCCGCCACCCCCUCCACCGCUGCCCCCACCCCCACCGCCCCAGCCUCCCCCACCUCCACCCCCAAGCCUGGGCCCCCCCGGGCGUCCCAACCCUGGCGGAAAUGGCGUGGUGGAGGUGUACAGUGCCACGGCACCCCUGGCUGGUAGUGGCACAGUGGAGAUCCAGGCAUUGGGAAUGCAGCCCUACCCACCCCUGGAGGUGCCGAACCAGUGUGUGGAGGCUCCAGUGUACCCCACCCCUCCGGUGUACAGCCCUGGCAAACAGGGAUUCAAACCGAAAGGACCAAGCCCUGCUGCCCCCAUGACCAGCACCACUGGGGGCACGGUGUCCGCCUUUGACUCCCCACCAACGCUGAAGACCCGACGGGCCAAGGGUGCCAGUGGACUACCAGAAGCUGCGGGGAAGCCAAAGGCUCAGAAACUCAAGUGCUCAUACUGUGACAAGUCAUUCACCAAAAACUUCGACCUGCAGCAGCACAUCCGCAGCCACACCGGUGAGAAGCCCUUCCAGUGCAUUGCAUGUGGCCGUGCCUUUGCCCAGAAGUCUAAUGUCAAGAAACACAUGCAGACUCAUAAGGUGUGGCCCCCAGGGCGUAGCGGUGGCUCUGUCUCUCGCAACUCUGUAACUGUGCAGGUCAUGGCCCUCAACCCCAGCAGGCAGGAGGACGAGGAGAGCACAGGGUUGGGCCAGACCCUGUCAAGUGCCUCGCAGCCCCAGGCCUUGCCCACGGCCGGCGAGGAUGAGGGGGACAAGCUGGAGGCCAAGCAGGUGGUCCUCAUCGACAGCUCCUACCUGUGCCAGUUCUGCCCCAGCAAGUUCAGCACCUACUUCCAACUCAAGUCCCACAUGACCCAGCAUAAGAACGAACAGGUGUACAAGUGUGUGGUCAAAAGCUGCGCGCAGACCUUCCCGAAGCUCGACACGUUUCUGGAGCACAUCAAGAGCCACCAGGAGGAGCUGAGCUACCGCUGCCACCUCUGCGGCAAGGACUUCCCCUCGCUGUACGACCUGGGCGUGCACCAGUACUCCCACAGCCUCCUGCCACAGCACAGCCCCAAGAAGGACAGCGCCGUGUACAAGUGUGUCAAAUGCGUCAACAAAUACUCUACCCCUGAGGCCCUGGAGCACCACCUGCAGACUGCCACUCACAACUUCCCCUGCCCGCACUGCCAAAAGGUGUUUCCUUGUGAGCGCUACCUGCGGCGUCAUCUGCCCACGCACGGCAGUGGGGGCAGGUUCAAGUGCCAGGUGUGCAAGAAGUUCUUCCGGCGGGAGCACUACCUCAAACUGCACGCUCACAUCCACUCAGGUGAGAAGCCCUACAAAUGCUCAGUGUGCGAGUCUGCGUUCAACCGUAAGGACAAACUGAAGAGACACAUGUUGAUCCACGAGCCAUUCAAGAAAUACAAAUGCCCCUUCUCGACACACACAGGCUGCAGUAAGGAGUUCAAUCGGCCGGACAAACUGAAGGCUCAUAUCCUCUCCCACUCUGGCAUGAAGCUCCACAAGUGUGCCCUGUGCAGCAAGUCCUUCAGCCGCCGUGCCCACCUCGCGGAGCACCAGCGCGCCCAUACGGGCAACUACAAGUUCCGCUGUGCUGGCUGUGCCAAGGGCUUUUCCCGACACAAAUACCUCAAGGAUCACCGCUGCCGCCUUGGCCCCCAAAAGGACAAGGACCUGCAAGCCCGGCGGCCCUCCCGGAGGAGGGCGGCCCCCCGCAGCGGCAGCAGUGGUGCCCGUAAGGUGGUGACCCCCCUGCCUGACCCGCUGGGGCUGGAGGAGCUGAAGGACACGGGGGCCGGGCCUGUGCCCGAGGCUGCCCCAGGCAAGCCGCCCUUCUCAGAGCCAGAUGCGGUGCUGUCUAUCGUUGUUGGCGGCCCGGUGGGUGGCGAGCCUGAGCUGGUAGUGCCCGGGCAUGCCGAGAGCCUGGGCUCCAACCUGGCACUGGCAGAGCUGCAGGCAGGGGCUGAGGGCCCGUGUGCCAUGCUUGCUGUGCCAGUGUAUAUCCAGGCCUCCGAGUGAUGGACCCGUGGGGUUUGCUUCCAGAGCCUGGCCUCACACUCACCUUUGGGUCCAGGCAUCAGGGGCCAGCUAGAGAUUCUUCCCAACGGAAGUGAGCCAUGGGCCAAAACCCUUUCGGAGUGUCAUGUAUAAACCCUGGCCAGUGGCCAGUCUGCUGUGGCCCCAAUUCUGCUGGAAAGCCCUGAAGCAUUCUGGGAUCUGAGGCAAGGCUGCCUAUGGUUUCCAGGUCAGGGCAGUGGAGAGGAGAGGGAUGGCCGAGCUGAGCAACCUGGGGUCUGGCUGGUCCAGGCUGGUGUCAGCCCACCUACGAGAGAAGAUGGGGUGGUUCUGCCCACCCCUCCUCCAGGCUGUCUUGGUGUGGCCUCUAGUCAAGCUGUUCUGGAGGCCUGAGACUGGUAGAGCACUGAUCUGAUGGACCUUUUCAUACACGGUUCCUUACAAUAUCCCCAGGUGACUCUGUGAUGUAGGCAUUGAGGCGGCACUCAAGUGUCAUGGUUAGGGUGCAGCUAUCAGCUUCGAAUCUAAGCACUGCUACUCACUUGCUGUGUGACCUUGGGUAAGUCACUUUACCUCUCUGAGCCCUCUAUUUCUCAUCUGUACAGUGGGGGUUAUGACAGUUCAACUUCAUAAGGCUGUUGUGGGUUCCAGAAUGGCAAUAUGUACAAAGGACUUGGCAUAGUGCUUGGCACUUGAAAAGUGCUCAGUAAAUAUUUUUAUCAAAAUGUGUGCCCAGUGGCUCAGGUCUGAGCCUUGGCAGUUUCUGUGUUUGCCCCUGGGUGGCAGCACUCCCUCCUCCAAGGUGUGUGGGGGCUGAGAGGUCCCAAGGCCCCUUGCACACAGCUGUGCUGCCCUGUUAGCCAUGGACAGGUUUGGCACUCCAAGAAUGGUUACUUCCAAGCAUGGCCGUGGAAGGGGCCUGAAAAUGCAGGAUGCUGGACCUUGCCCCAAACCCUACCGCAUCAGAAGCUCUGAUCAGAGCCAGAGGUCCAUCUCAAGUAGGCCUCAAGAAUCCAUAGUUGCCCCCACCGCCAGCACUCCCUCCCUUCCCCAGCUAGUCCAGAGGAGAAGCAAAUCAGGGAGGCAAGGGAAGAAAAAGAGGACCUUGACCAGUGUUUCCUAGUUUAUAUUCACAGCCACCCUGCUGGGCCACACUGCCUCAGGGACUGGAGAGGAAACAGGCUCCAGAAGGGACAGGGUGGGAUGCAGCAGGGCUGUCUGGAUCAGUUUGAUGACUGAGUUUUUUUGAGGGUUUCAACAUCCCUCAGACAUCUCGCUGGGGCUCUGGGCUGGAGCUAGAGCAAGCCCAUCUUCCCCUCAGGAAGGGUGGGAUGCAGGAGGAAGGACAAGGGGACCAGUAAGGACUUAAGUGGUACUCAGAGGAGAGGUGAGAGCUAUGAGCACACCCAGCCCUCGGGACCAGAGGAAGGACUGGCGAGGACAGAUCUCCAGGGGAGGUCACAUUUGAGCUGGUCCUUGACACCGAAUGUUUUGAUGGAUGGAUAAAUAGGGGAAGGCAUGCCAGGGGGAGCAAGCCAUGAGCAAAGCCUUCAAGGUAUGAUAAUUCUGGGGCUAAUUAAAGAUUCAGGAUGACCAGAGAUUUAGGGGUAGUAGGUAGAUCAUGACAAUCGCCAGGAUGCUUCAGCCUUCCACAUGAUGGACACUUCUGCAUGCUGGGUACACCGCACUGCCGCCCCAUCAGGUGGAUACUGAAACUUAUUUUACAGAUGAGGAAAGAGAGGCACAGAGCUCCUUGCCCAAGUUCACACAGCUAGUAAGUCACAGAGCUGGGAUUCAGGCAGGAGUGGCCUGCUGCCAUGUGCUGUUUAGCCACUUUGCUCUAUUGAAAUAUGAGUUGAUGUCGAAUCAGAGAUGUUCUUGGAUGUUCGGUUAAAGAAUUUGGACUUUAUUCUCUAUAAAAUGGAGGAAUCAUGGGACGCAUUAAACAUUUUUAACAAUUGUGACAUUAAAGAAAAUGUUAAAAAUCACAUCUCCAUCCUAAUACAACUAUUUAAGUUCUA